CUCCCACAAUCCAAUAAGUGGCCCUCCUUCUCCAACCCAAGAUAACCCCAUUGUUCCCACAAUCUGCUUUCCUUCUCUAAUUUUGCUCUUGACCACAACAAUUCUCACCCACCCAAAAUUCCUGCGGGGGACCAAGGCAAAGCAAACCCAAACUUCCUGACUACCAAUGGCUUCUUUCCAGCAAACUUCAAUCUCUCUUCAAUCCAAGCUCCUCCCUUCUUCCCAACUUCCCAGAGCCCUCCCUUCUCUCAACCUCUCCUUCUCAGCCACCUUCCCUUCCCUCAAACUCUCGACCACCCGCCCUCUCCAGGGUGGCGCCAAAAUGUCAGCCACAGCCGCUUCCAGCUACGCUUUAGCUUUAGCCGAUGUGGCUAAGUCCAACAACACCCUGGACUCCACCAGCUCCGACAUUGAACAAGUCGAGAAAAUCUUCUCUGACCCUCAAGUCAUCGACUUCUUCGCCAACCCCACCAUCGACGCUAUCAAAAAACGUCAGGUUUUGGAUGAUAUAGUCAAGUCUUCCGGGCUUCAGCCUCACACUGCAAACUUUUUAAACAUCCUGGUGGAUGCCAAGAGGAUUGACAUUAUUAAGGAAAUUGUGAAAGAGUUCGAGUCGGUUUUCAAUAAGCUGACGGAUACGGAAUUGGCCGUGGUGAGUUCAGUGGUGCCCUUGGAGUCUCAGCAUUUGGCACAGAUUGCUAAACAGGUGCAGAAGCUGACUGGUGCUAAGAAUGUUAGGAUUAAAACCUCGAUUGACCCAAGUUUGGUAGCUGGGUUUACUAUCAGGUAUGGCAAUUCAGGGUCAAAAUUGAUUGAUAUGAGUGUUAAGAAGCAGUUGGAGGAGAUUGCUGCUCAGCUUGAUUUGGGUGAUAUUCAACUUGCUGUAUAAGUUUAAAUUUUCAUUUUUUUUAUGAGAAUUUGAUUUGGAACCUUUUUGUUUUGGUUAUUAUGUAAUGUCAAUUGUAUGAAAUUUGUCCUAAUAUUAAACUGUUUCUUUUGGGAGAAACUGAGGGUGCUUUUGGGUUC